AUGCCACCGCACUCGAAUUUCGACUCCUUAGAGAACAUGGUUUCAAUGUCUCAGAAGGAUCAUAAUAUCAACGAUAUUGAUGUCCUUGACAUGGCCGUCGAAGCGCUAGAGAUGCCGUACCAUUGGAGAAUGAAAAGGCUAGAAACGAAACGGUACAUAGAUGUGUACAAUAAACAUGAUCUCUUGAUUGAAUUCGCCAAGAUCGACUUUAAUAUUGUACAAGCGGUUCAUCAAGAAGAACUCAAGUACCUCUCAAGAUGGGAUGUAAAUCGGCUUGAUGAACUUCCCGAGUACAUGAAGCUGUGUUACCUUGUGUUGCACAAUGAAACAAAUGGUAUUGGUCGUGAUAUACUCAAAGAUAAAAAUAUCAAUGUGAUCCCAUUCCUAAGAAAAUCGUGGGAAGAUUUAUGUAAAGCAUAUCUAGUUGAAGCAAAGUGGCACAAAAGAAGACAUAAACCAAGUGUUGAAGAAUACAUGCGUUAUGCUUGGAUUUCAAGCUCGGUCCCAACUUCACUGCUCCACUUUUACUGCGUAUUUUCCGACCAAAUCUCUAGUCAGGUCUUGGAGACUUUGUCACAACACCAACAACACGUCGUCCGAUGUUCUGCCAACGUGUUACGCCUAGCCAACGACCUUGCAACCUCGCCGGAUGAAUUGAAAAGAGGAGAAGUUUUCAAAUCGGUCCAGUGUUACAUGAAUGAGACAGGAGUUUCGGAAGAGAAGGCGUGCGCGUACAUGAAGCAGAUGAUCAGCGACACAUGGACUGAGAUAAAUUACGAGAAAAUUUCGAACGAUUCAUCGAUACUUCCCCGAGGUUUUGUGGAAGCUGCAAUAAACUUGGCACGUACGUCGCAGUGCAUGUAUCAAUAUGGCGAUGGCCACGGCUCUCCCGACAAAGCUAAGACUGUUGAUCGUGUCAUGUCUUUAUUAGUUAAUCCCGUUCCUUUGGACUAA